CCAUCUAAAGUCACUCAUCGGAGCGGCACUACAGUCUGAAUCUUGAAGAAGAAUGGAGGAACUUGCUGUCAAACUCGGGGCGGAUGGCAUUCAUAAAAAAGUAAUAUCUCCCGGAAAAGGAGAGCUUUCAUCGUUCCCUGAUGGAACAAAGGUCAAGUUUCAUUACCGCACUUGCCUUUGUGAUGGCACAGUGCUGGAUGACUCCAGGACCAUGGGAGGUCGCAGCAAACCAAUGGAGCUGAUACUGGGGAAGAAGUUCAAACUUCCUGUGUGGGAAGAAGUGGUAACAACUAUGAGAGAGGGUGAAGUGGCUGAAUUCACCUGUGAUGUCAAGCAUACAGCUCUGUAUCCUAUGGUUUCUCUGUCACUACGCAACAUCAGCCAAGGAAAAGAUCCACUGGAAGGACAGAGACAUUGCUGUGGAAUAGCCCAGGUGCACUCGCAUCAUUCAUUAGGUUACCCAGAUCUGGAUAAGUUGCAGGCCAGUCCUCAGCCUUUAGUUUUUACUCUGGAAAUGCUACAGGUGUUGCCUCCUGGCUCAUUCCAAAUGGAGAUAUGGGCAAUGACAGAUGAUGAGAAGCUGGAAGCCAUACCACACAUCCAUGAGGAGGGAAAUUCGCUCUUCAAGAGUGGAGAUAUUUCAGGAGCUUCUGAGAAGUACUACAGUGCCAUAGCCUGUCUGAAGAGCUUGCAGAUGAAGGAGCGGCCGGGUGAUGAGACAUGGAUCAAACUUGACAACAUGAUCACUCCUCUCCUCCUCAAUUACUGCCAGUGCAAGCACCUCCUGGGCCAGUACUAUGAGGUUUUGGACCACUGCUCUUCUAUCAUCAACAAAUAUGAUCAUGUAAAGGCAUAUUUUAAACGGGGAAAGGCUCAUGCAGCAGUAUGGAAUGAGGCUGAAGCAAGAGCUGACUUUGCCAAAGUGGUUGUAUUAGACCCAUCACUGGAAACCUCAGUUGCAAAGGAGUUGAAAGUAAUGGAGGACCGCAUCCGGGAAAAACAGAAAGAAGAGAAGGGACGCUACAAGAAUCUCUUUAGCCACAGUGGCAAAGCUUCUGCAGCUACCACGGGCUGAAACAAAGAUGAACUUUGUAUUUCCAUUAUAAGGAGAUACACCAUUGUGAAGCCAUUGCUAUGUUGGCGCACAUGCGCACUGAUAAAUAUAUGUCCAUCAGAAGUCCAUGUAACCCAUCUCAUACACCAUUUGCUUACUCCAAACAUCACCACCUUAUUGUUUAUCAUCUCCUUGUGUCCUUUUGGUAAACCGAUAUGUGAAGUGAGGAGAGCAUCCAGUGUCUCUAUUACAUAAGUUUGAAUGGCCUGCCAUCAAUUUCUCCUUUGAGUUAAAGAAAUAAACGCAGAGAAAACAACAGUGCAAUUCAAAAUUGGCAAAGGGAACUACAGCUCCUAUAAACCAGGACUGGUUAAAUACAGCUCAAUGCCUAGACUUAUCAUGCAUAUACAAUCUUUAGACCUAGCUGAUGGAAAUCCUCACAGAAUGCUGUGCAGUAAGAUCAGUUUGAUGUAAACAAACUGGAAAGACAAUCUGAAGAUAACAGAAUGCCAGACUGAUUAAGUUGCAUUUCUACCACUAUAUCCCCCAUUUAUGUUUUUAUUUUUAUCAUGUUUCUAAAUUGCAUUCAAUAUAUGAUAAUUUUUCUUUCAAGAUAAAAAGAAAAUAAAAAUUAAAUGUCAGGCAUUGGUAGGCCUAUGAAAUAUGAAAGUUAAAGACAAUAUUGUAACACUGUGAUAGCAUUAGUUAAAGAAUCCACUUUCUCAUCAUUGAAGCAGUAAACAUUCUAUCUUUCCCUUUUUUUUUGUUAUUUAAUUAAUCACAGUUAUGCCUGUAUAUGUAUGUCACUACAAAUAAAUGUAUCUUUUCUUAAUGCCUUUUAAAUACACGUUAGUUUAAAUUGCAGCUUUUCCGCAUUUGUGACUGAAGCCAAAUAAAAUUAUUUGAAAAAUC